UUCUUUCUUGGAUGUGAGACUUCUUUCUUUUUUUAUUUAUUUUUUUGGUAACAACUGCCUUCGCCGAGCGUCCGAGCUGAGUGGAUUUACUUUUCUCCUGUGGCGGACCAUGGGGCCGGGGUUGAGGGGGGCAGAGGGAGCCCUCCGGAGAAGGACAGAGGAGAGCUGCUGGUACCUUUUGGUGACAUUGCUGCUGCUGUGCGGCUUCCGGAGGGCUCACACACAGACAGACGACGAGAAGUCAGUCUACUUCUGGGAAACAGGUCCAUGGGGGAGAUGCAUGGGCAGCGACUGUGGCCCAGGUGGCAGCCAAAGCCGGGCAGUCUGGUGCGCCCAUGUGGACGGCUGGACCACGCUCCACACCAACUGUGACCAGGGCCAGCGUCCCUCCAACCAGAGAAACUGUUUCCGCGUGUGCGACUGGCACAAGGACCUUUACGACUGGAAACUGGGUGCCUGGAAUGAGUGCGUGCCAGUGUCGGCAAGGACCUUUGGGACCCCGCGGCUGUUCACAUGCAGCGGAGGCGAAGAGGGCAUUCAGACCCGAGAGGUGGGCUGCAUACUCAAGUCGGACGGGUCUCCAGCAGAGGAUGCCAUCUGCGAGUACUUUGAGCCCAAGCCUCGCCUGGAGCAGGCGUGUUUGAUCCCCUGCCCUCAGGAUUGUGUCGUUUCGGAGUACUCGCCGUGGACGUCCUGCUCUAAAACAUGUGGGAUGGGCCUCAGGAACAGAGUGCGCAGUGUGCUGGUUCCUCCACUUUUCGGAGGCGCUAUCUGCCCCAACUUAACUGAGUUCCAGUCUUGCAAACCGGGGGCUUGCACGGGUCCGGAGGGCAUGUACAGUCUCAGAGUGGGACAGUGGAGUCCUUGCGCCCUCCCGCCGACUCGGACUGCACGCCAGGUCAAACGGAGAAAGGGGAAAGGUCAGGGGCUCAGAGAGCGGGCUGGAGUUAAAGAUCCCGAGACGAGGGAGCUUAUCCAGAAGAAACGGACCAGGAACCGACUCAACCGGCAAGAGAGCCCCUUCUGGGACAUCCAGGUGGGAUACCAGACUCGGGAUGUGGUCUGCAUUCAUAGGAAUGGGAGCGCUGUCGGACGCUGGCUCUGCACGCCAAGAGACCUGCCACUGACCAUCCAGUCCUGCGUCCUCCCAAAGGACUGCCAGACCACCGACUGGGCUGAAUGGAGCCCCUGCUCCAAAACCUGCGUGGACCCCGAGUCUCCCAGAGGGAAUCGCUCCCGGAGCAGACAGGUGCUCCAGUUCCCGGUGGGAGAGGGGACGGUGUGCCCGCCGAUGGAGGAAACCGAGCAGUGUGAACCCCAGGGGGACGGCGUCCCGCCCUGCGCCACGUACACCUGGAGAACCACCGAGUGGAGCGACUGCCGCGUCGACUCGUUGCUGAGCCAACAAGACCGUCGGCGUAGCAACCUGACGGGCCUGUGUGGAGGAGGCCUGCAGACCAGGGAGGUGUACUGUGUCCAGGCCAACGCCGAGCUCCUCAAGUACCUCAACGACCUCAAAGAGAAAGACAAAGCGGGUCAGACCCAAAGACAGCAGAAGCCUAGUGUCCCCCCUCUCCUCUCCAUCACCUUCCAGAUUACAGCGUCCCGGCCCGUGGAGAAUCAACUGUGCAGGGGUCCGAUCCCCAGCAGGUCGCAGCUGUGCCAGAUCCCCUGUCCCAUCGACUGCCAGGUGUCCCCCUGGGGGGCCUGGGGGCCCUGCACCUUCGAGAACUGCGACGAUCAGGCCGCAAAGAAAGGUUUCAAACUGAGGAAGCGGCGGAUCACCAACGAGCCCACCGGCGGCCCCGGGAACUGCCCCCACCUGGUGGAGGCGGUGCCGUGCGACGAGCCCAGUUGCUUCGACUGGCAGCUGGUGGGUCUGGACCCGUGCGUCCCGGACGAGGAGGGGCAGUGCGGCGCCGGCACUCAGCUCGCGCAGGUCCGAUGCGUCAACAGCAACGCUGCUCCAGCCAUCUCUGAGAAGGAGGUGGACAGAAACCUGUGCUCAUCCUCCCCGGCUCUGGGCCCGUUGCCUGCGAUGGUGCCUUGCUCAAGAGACUGUGUGCUGAGCGACUGGACGACCUGGUCCACCUGCUCCCAGACCUGCUCCAGUAAAACCAUCGAGGAACAGAUGAGGACCGCUCCGUCCGGCUACAACGCCGGGGAAGUGACAGCGAUGGUUGUGGCAUGGAUCACAGUGAUGGAGGGUCUUUCGCGGGUGCCGAAGUUUCCGGAACUUCUUGGCGGCGCUCUGUGCCCGAACAGCAGCGCCCUUCAGGAGGUACGAAACUGUAACGAGCACGCGUGUACAGUUUACCACUGGCAGACGGGACCCUGGGGGGAUUGCACCGAGGACCCCUCGUCCUCAUCCAUCAACACUCGGCGGCGGUCCAGUCCGGGCGGCGGCGGUCAGGGUCCGUGCUCCACGGGAGUGCAGACCCGCAAGGUCAUCUGCGUGCGGGUCAACGUGGGACAGGUCCCGCCCAAGAAGUAA